GUCCUCCCUUCUAAGAAGGAGAUGGAGCGGGGGGGGCGGGGGCGGGCAGUGUAGACGCUCGAGGGGCGGGAGGCAAAACACGGGCCUGACCCGCGUCCUUGGAAGCCAGCCCACCACGGGAAGGAGGCGUGUUAAGCCCUCUGCCCCCCGCCUCCUCCCCCGCCCCGGCUCGGCGACCCUGGGGUAAAAUGCCAGCGGCCGCCCGCGCUCCGCACGCCGCGCGCGGCGCCCAGCGGAGGAAGGGGCCGGCGGGGAGGGCGCCGCCCAGAGCCGAGCGGAGCGCGUCCGUCUGUCCGGCUUGAGCCUCGGAAGCGACACCGCCCGGACCCCGCGGGCCCAGCGUCCCAGCUCCGCUGCCCGGCUGGCGCCCCUGCGCCUCAGCCCCGAGCCCGACCUCCCUACCGUCCCGAGCUCCGCAGCCCUGCGCGGUGCGCAGGUGGCUCCGACGCCCCCGGCCUCGGGCGCCCCCCGCCGGGGACAGACAGGCGGCGGCGCGCGCGGAGGAGCCGGGCGCAGGGCUGGAGAGGCGGCCAGCGCCGCCAAGAAGCCGCGAGCGUCCCCGAUGGUGCCGCCGCCUCCGAGCCGGGCAGGGGCGGCGAGGGGCCGGCUGGGCAGGAGCCUGGGUCCGCUGCUGCUACUCCUGGCGCUGGGACACGCGUGGAGCUACCGCGAGGAGCCGGGCGACGGCGACAGAGAAGUCUGCUCGGAAAACAACAUCGCCACGACCAAGUAUCCGUGUCUGAAGCCUUCGGGGGAGCUCACCACGUGUUUCAGGAAGAAGUGCUGCAAGGGGUAUAAGUUUGUCCUUGGACAAUGCAUCCCAGAAGAUUACGACGUGUGUGCCGAGGCUCCCUGCGAGCAGCAGUGCACAGAUAACUUCGGCCGAGUGCUGUGCACGUGCUACCCAGGAUACCGCUACGACCGGGAGAGGCACCGGAGGCGGGAGAGGCCGUACUGCCUGGAUAUCGAUGAGUGCGCCACGAGCAAUGAGACGCUGUGCGCGCACAUCUGCGUAAACACCCUGGGGAGCUACCGCUGUGAGUGCCGGGAGGGCUAUGUCCAGGAAGAAGACGGCAGGACGUGCACCAAGGAAGACAAGUACCCCAACGACACUGGGCACGACGACGAGAAGGCGGAGAACGCGGUCCGAGCCGCCACCUGCUGUGCCACGUGCAAGGAGUUCCACCAGGUGAAGCAGACCGUGCUGCAGCUGAAGCAGAAGGUUGCCCUGCUCCCCAACAGCGCCGCCGACCUGGGCAAGUACAUCACUGGUCACAAGGCGCUGGCCUCAAAUGCCUACCUUCCGGGUCCCCCUGGCCUGCCUGGGGGCCAGGGCCCCCCUGGCUCACCAGGACCAAAGGGGAGCCCCGGCUUCCCAGGGAUCCCAGGCCCCCCCGGGCAGCCCGGCCCGCGGGGCUCGAUGGGACCCGUGGGACCAUCUCCUGACCUGUCCCACAUUAAGCAAGGCCGGAGGGGCCCUGUGGGUCCACCAGGCGCCCCAGGAAGAGAUGGCUCUAAGGGGGAAAGAGGCGCACCGGGCCCCAGAGGGUCUCCAGGACCCCCUGGUUCUUUUGAUUUCCUGCUGAUCGUGCUGGCGGAAAUCCGUAAUGACAUCACCGAACUGCAGGAACAGGUGUUCGGGCGCCGGACUCACUCUUCAGUAGAGGAGUCCCCGUCACCGCAGGAACUUUCCAGCUAUCCAGAGACCCUGGACGUGGGCUCUGGAGAUGACGCCCCGGGAAGAACUGAGACAAGAGCCUCGGGAGCCGCCAGAGACUUCUAUCCUUAGCGUAUCCCACAUCUUCAUGCCAAAGGAAGAGUGUUUUCCCCUGCAGUGAAAUCCUCCAAAGAACAAAAACAAAACAUCACUGGAGACCUAAAAAAAGAUACGUUUUUAUUUUCUUUACUCUUUCCCUUUCUUCUUCCUACUUCUCCUCUUCCAGACACUGUUUACAGACUCUCCUGCUAGACAUCCUAAAGACACCAGGAAUGAAAUGAUUGAUUUCAGUGCUUCCCCCAGAGAAUCUACAGGGCAGCUUUUCUUUGAAUUCCUUAUUUUCCAGGGAUUUAUAAUUUCUGAAUUAGGUACUCACAUUAUCUUAACAUUUGGCAGACUAUCAAAAAGGGGGAAAGAGUUCUAAUAAAAUGUGAGUUUCAGUUCAGUUCA